AUGACCACGUUCCAAGCUUUUUGCCAUGUCUGUAUUGUCGGAUCGUCACAUGAUUGGUCGAAAAAUUUUCCGAAUUUUGAUUGGUUUUUGCCUAUGCCUAUUGAAAUUCAGCGUGCACCACCGGUGUUUCCCUCAGUUCAAAUCAAACGGGAUGGGACCAAAGAAACUAAUACGCUGUUUACUGCAAUGCUCGGUUUGUCUCGGCCGAGUGAACGUAGAUUCCCGGAAUUGGAAUUUUACGACCAGAGUGUAAAUGUCCAUAUAUACGCUCACUACAUGAUUUUUCAACAAGAACUGAAUGCUCAAGCUUUCUUCACCCCAUCUGUGCUCAAUCCAAGCACCAUAUACAGUGUCAAAACCACACCUAUGACAAGAGAAGAACGCAUUCUACGGAGACGACAAGAGAAACGACGAAGGCAGAUUCAGGAGAUCAAGGCAGGAUGCAAACGGUUCAUGGCGAUGCUUUUCUCUCACAUUGGGUUGUCCGGUCUUGUGGUUGCCUAUACCAUUAUUGGUGCUUUGUUGUUCGGGAAAAUUGAGCAAGGUUUCGAACGAGACAUUAAAAAUCAAGCCAGAAUCUAUCGUGAAAAUUCCACUUUGAGCAUAAUACGAUUUAUUUUUGAAAACUUCUAUGAUGCGGUUGGAAACAGUCAGCUGGACUGCAAUCAGACAGUGGACUUGAUUCACGUGAUACUCUGGUAUGUGGAAAAGGCACAGAAUGAACUACAACCAGCCCCGGAUCUGUUUGACAAUCGCCAAUUUGUGCUCCAAAAUGACACUGAUUUCUCCAAUUUCACCCUAGACACUUGGCUCAAUCAGACAUCGGAUUCCGCGGAAAACGUGACAUUCAACAGCACCACCACUCCCUUGCCUUUGACUACCACAACUUCCUUAAAAAUGAUUGAUGUUAAUCAUCAGAUUUGGGUGAAGAACUUACAGCGUGAUAUAGAUGAUAAAUUGUUGGAUUUCAUUCGAAAAAUUGUGGAGUUUAUAGAGGAUGACGGUUGGAAUGGAAAUGACUCGUUGGAGGAUCUGAAAUGGUCCUAUGCCGGUGCCGUAUUGUACGCCAUCACCGUUAUUACUACCAUAGGCUCUGAUGGAACGUGUUAA